AAAACAAGAGCUUGCAGCAGUUUUCUCAAGGAAAAGGUGUGAUUUUGGAAUGAUUUCUCAAGGAAAGGGUGGAACUUGAGCUGAUUCUUGUAACAACUGCUGUUGGAUUGGAGAAGGGUCUUGCUCUCUUUAAGAUGGAAGAUGCAGAUCGGAGUUUUUCAUGGGACAGUGAUGAUGAAUAUGAGAAAUUUAUUCAGAGGAUGAACCCUCCAAGAGUUGAAGUUGACAAUGACGCUUGUGAUAAUGCAACAGUUAUUCAGGUUGACAGUGCAAACAAGUAUGGAAUCCUGUUAGAAGUAGUGCAAGUCCUUACUGAUCUAAAUCUAAUCAUCUCCAAGGCUUAUAUAACCUCUGAUGGAGGAUGGUUCAUGGAUGUAUUCAAUGUGACUGAUCAAGAUGGCAAGAAGCUAGAGGAUAAGAUUACAAUCAACGGGAUUGUUGAUUAUAUUCGCGAGUCCUUAGGAGCAGACUCUUGCUUUCUACCGUCGAGACGAAGAUCGGUUGGUCUAACACCUGCCUCAAACCACACAUCGAUAGAGUUAACCGGGACUGAUCGGCCUGGUUUGCUAUCUGAAGUUUGCGCUGUUCUCACUGAUCUGAAAUGCAAUGUGGUUGAUGCCGAGUUAUGGACUCACAACACUAGAGCGGCAGCAGUGAUGCAUGUAACUGAUGAGGCAACCGGUGGGGCUGUCACGAACCCGGAAAGGUUAGCGAAAAUCAAGGAGCUUCUUUGCUAUGUGCUCAAAGGGAACAACAAGACGCGGGGAGCGAAAACAGAGGUCUCUCCGGGUAUCACUCACACCGAGCGGAGACUCCACCAGAUGAUGUUUGAUGAUAGGGAUUAUGAGAGAUCCAAUCAGAAAACAGCUGAUGAGAAUUUGAGGCCGAAUGUGUCUGUCGUCAAUUGUUGUGAUAAGGACUAUUCAGUGGUCACAAUUCGUUGCAAGGACAGGCCAAAGCUUCUUUUCGAUACCGUCUGCACUUUGACAGAUAUGCAGUAUGUGGUUUUUCAUGCAAAUGCUACUGCUGAGGGUCCUGAAGCUUAUCAGGAGUACUACAUAAGACAUAUCGAUGGGUCACCUGUCAACAUUGAAGCUGAGAGACAAAGAGUAAUUCAGUGUCUUGAAGCGGCCAUCGAGCGAAGAGUAUCUGAGGGCUUGAAGCUAGAGUUGUGCAUUGGCGAUAGAGUUGGUUUACUAUCUGAUGUAACUCGCAUCUUCCGGGAGAACAGCCUGAAUGUAACCAGAGCAGAAGUGGCAACAAGAGGAGGUAAAGCAAUUAACACAUUCUACGUCGGAGAUGCUACUGGGAACCCAGUUGAUGUCAAGACCAUAGAAACAAUUCGGCAAGCAAUCGGGAGUAAGGUAUUACAAGUGAAAGGCCACACUGAGCACUCAAAAUCUCCUCCUCAGGAAUCCCCGACAAGAUUCCUUUUUGGUGGGCUAUUCCGGUCGAGAAGUCUCUAUAACUUUGGAUUGGUCAGACCUUGAUUCAUGAAUUCUCCGGUUCAAAAGCUUGUACAUACAACACAACCAUUCUGCCAAAGAUACAUGGAAAACAUUCAAAAAAGAAACAUCAACUUGUUGUUGUUGUUGUUGUUUUUAUUGUUGUUGUUGUAAGAUCACAAGACUUUCCAAGCUGUUGUAAAUGUGAAUGUAAAUAUGAUUUCAAAUUAGUAAAAUCCUGCUUCUUUUUCUCUUUCAAA